ACUGACCAUAGACAUACCUGAGAACUCAUUUUAUUUCUACCCGCGUGCUGCGUGUGUUAAUUAUUCUUGAGGCAUACGGGAGAAAAGAAGUCACAAAAUCAUGAGUUUACCGGCUUUUAUCAAUAUUCCUGAGGCAGAACAAGCUGGGGAACUGAGGUCGUUCCUAAAAGAAAAGGGAGCGGACAUCUCAGAGACGAUGAGCGAGGAAGGACUAGAAUUAGACCUGGAAUCGAUCAUAGAUAAUGUAGGAGUCGUCUGGAAACUACCUGACGUGAAUGAAAUUGAAGGUGUUUUCAACAGUAUCCUGUCUCUUCUCAUCUACUUCCCGCCAGAAACGAUGGAAAAACUCGUCCCAAAACUUAGUGAACACAUCACCAAAUCAGGCACAGCUGAACAGUCGUACAUAAGAAUUAAAAUUUUGAAUAGUUUAUUCCAUGGUGUUGGAGAGACGAAUCCCCUUGCCUACCAUGUUUACUGUGGUAUGUUAAGAGUUGCUGCUAAGUAUGAAAACAUUGAACAAGUCGUCACAGAUCUCGACAAGGUUAAGAAGUGGACUGUUCAAUGGGAAUUGAAUCGAGAUAGGAUCAACAAUGUCUACAGAUUGCUGUAUGAAGGACUCAAAGAAAGCAAACAGAGUGAUGAAGCCAGCAUUGUAAUGGUUGAGCUUUUAGGCACCUACACAGAAGAUAAUGCCUCACAGGCUCGUGAUGAAGCUAACCGAUGUAUCGUCAAUGCCAUCGCUGACCCUCAGGUCUACCUCUUUGACCACCUCCUCACCCUCAGACCGGUCAAGUUCUUGGAGGGAGAGAGGAUUCAUGAUCUCUUGACAAUAUUUGUGUCUGGGAGGUUAGAUGAUUAUAUGAACUUCUUCAAUUCCAACCAGGAUUUCAUCAAAGGGUUAGGCCUCUCCCAUGAUGCAAUGAUAAAGAAGAUGAGGAUAUUGACCUUUAUGGGAAUGGCAGUUGACGUGAAAGAGAUCAGCUUUGACACACUUCAACAAGAACUCAAGAUGUCAGAAGAUGACGUUGAAGGAUUCGUCAUUGACGUUGUAAAAUCCAAGAUGGCAAAGGCAAAGAUUGAUCAGCUCCAGAACAAAGUCCAUGUCAGCUUUGUCACGCAUCGGACGUUUGGUCGUCAGCAAUGGCAGCAGCUUCGAGAGCAUCUGGUCAACUGGCAAAUCAACCUUGCCCAAGUAGAAGGCAGACUUGAUAGUUUGCAGCAGCAAAUGAUGACCUAAUAAUACCCACAACCCAACCAUCAUUCCCUCAAGGCCACCGCACACCUUACGACUGUUUGCGAUCCGAUUUUGGUACAAAUCGCAUUUUGCUCAGUUUCUGAGAAUGUGAAGGGAAUAUAUAAUUUUAUUUGAGGUUAAAAUUAAUUGAAAGAAUACUAAUAUAACCAUUUUGAAAGAUUGCAAGCCUUUAUUUUGGAGUAAAGGCCAAAUUAGUUUCAAAUCGUAGCAAAUUGUACGACUGCUAUGACGUCAUUACGACUAGAUAUUAAAUUUGCUUUUAUUCUAAGAAGGAUGAUAGCAUAGUCACAGAUUUGAACACAGGUAUUCGUACGAUGAUUUCGAACAUUCCUCAGUAAGAUAUUCCAAGUCUCAAUAUUAGCAUCAAAUUCUACUACGUUUUAUUCCAAAAUUGAGUCGCAGACCAAUCGUAAGGUGUGCGGUCGCCUUAAGAUGUCCUACAAAAUUCAUGAAAAGCUUUGGUAGCAAUAACCAAUAGCAAGCACCAUUUCCUUUGAUAUGGGUUUGGGUCAUGCAAAGUUUUGAAAACAGAGACUGGUUGUAAACUGAUAGUACCCAAUUGAUACAUAUCCCACCCCGCCGCUACCCAACCCCCAUUUUCUAUUAUUAAGGUAUUCUUCAAAGUUCAUUAAAAUUUGGGGGAACAAAAAAAUUUGUUUGAAACUGCUUGUACUCAAGUGAUAACACCGCACCCCCUUUCCAUCCAUCCUUUUCUAAGAUGUCCUUCAAAGUUCAUGAAAGGCUUUGAUAACAAGAUGAUAGGUGUGAAUUUGAGGCUCCAACAACCGAUGAUUGCCUGGUGAUACCCCCACCCCAGAACUGUAUUCCCAAGAAUGUUAUGUUAAAAACAGAAAUUGAAAAUCAUGCUUCACUCGGCUCCUGCUCGAUUGAGUGACUUUCGUUAUAUUAAGAAUAAGGAUGAUAAUAUAAGGUAUCUCUAUAGUGCAAAAUCCACCCUGGUAGGUGCUCAGAUACUCCUAUAUUACCUUGGCUAAGCUACGCUACAGAUUCUGGUGCUCACAACCUUUUAAGGAGUUAUGCUACGGUUACACACACCUUUACCAUCGCUGGACGACCGAUUUUUAUACAUAGCAAUAAAUGGUAUGAAAUAGUUUGUACAUCGUUCGUAAAGGUAUUUUUGACCGUAGCAUUACUUCCUGCUUGUACUCAUUUACCUCACCUGGGUUGAGUGCAGCAUAUUGUGGACCAAUUUCUUGCUGAUGGUAUUUAACUUUUGAAUCCCAGAAAGACAAAAUCCUUAAAUUUAUUUAUUUGGACUUCAGCAGUCCUUUCAUCUUUAGAAUUUGUUUAUUAUAUUGAUGUUGUGUAUGUUGAGACAUUAAAUAACUUUACAUUUUAUAAAAUGUAUCAUGUUCAAUGAUAUUGAUAAACCGUAAUUUUCUUAAGUAAAUUGAUCUCAGCAAAUAUGUAAUGCGCAAACGUUCAUGUCAUCAAAUGUGAAACAUUGAAGAAAAAAAUCAAUAAUGGGUACUGGAGCGUUGUGGCCCAGUGGAUUAGUCUCCGGACUUUGAAACAGAGGGUCGUGGGUUCGAAUCCCAGCCAUUGCGUAAUUUCCUUCAGCAAGAAACUGAUCCACAAUGUGCUGCACUCAACCCAGGUGAGGUAAAUGGGUACCGGUAGGAAGUAAUUCCUCAAGAAGCUGUGCGCUGUGAACGCCUAGCUUAGCCGGGUAAUAUAGGAGCGCCUUGAGCACCUAACAAGGUGGAUAUGUGCGCAAUAUAAAUACCCUAUAUUAUUAUUAUUAUUACUGUAGACAAUGUCAGAAGAACAUUUUUCUUUUUAUUUCAUGUAUUGCAAUUACAAUGUCGUAAAUGUAUUUUUAGCAGUUCUUUUAAAGAUUGAAAUGAUAUCAAAAUGAUUCUAAUGAUGAAACUGUUUCAUUUUGACCACUUGAAAGGUCAAAAUGAUGUCUUUUGGUGCUUUGCAGUUAUAUUACCCUGGUAAUAUUCAAGUGGUUUGUAAAAUCAGUCAUAACUUUUCGAUCUGUGAAACACACGUUGGGCUAAAUUAGCAUAUCAUUUGUAUCUUUCUGAAUUAAAAACAUUAAAAGAAAUAAGGUUCAUGUUAUCAAGCAUCUGCUUUCAUGAACAUAAAAAAAAUGAUUUCACUUGCAAAAUUUUUUUUUUCUUGAAAGCAUUUGUUUGAUCAAAUUAUAAAAAGACAUUUCCAAGCAAGACAAUCCUGGAAUGGGCAUUUGAUUGUAUUGUUUAAUGUGGUCCACUAUGUGUAUGACAUUACGUCUAUCUUCUUUUUUUUUUCAGGGGAGGGGGGGUCAACAAUACAUAUUUAUGGCCCUUUGUAUAGUAUAGUGUUCAUUUAUCAACCUUCUCUAAGUCUAAUAAUGACCCAAGUAAGUGCAGUUUUUUAGACCAGAAUAUGCAAAAUGUGUUGUUGAUAUCGUCUUCAGUUUCAUUUCACCCAUGUCGAACAUAUUUAUGUUGUAGCGAGAGAGUCGACUUGAAAAGAUUCCCAUGUACCGUAUUUCUUGGUAGGUUUUACAAUUACACAACUUAGACAAUACAAACAUAUAUUUCAGAAAUAAACUUACAUCCUGUAAAAAUCAA